AAUCUUUACCGAACCAGUAUAAUUUUCAUUUAUAAGUCUCUUGUAGUUGUCACGUUGUCUUUGAAAUUGUGAAAACUACUUCAGUGAGAGAAGGGAUCUGCACCACCUAAUCCUUUUUAUAGCUAAAAAAAAUUAUAAGUAGAAUACCUUCUUUCAUGUGCUCUCUGAAAGUAAACAGAGUGAGAGAUCGAGAAUGGAAGAAGUGAGCAAUAAACAAGUGCUGCUGAAGAACUAUGUUUCCGGUUAUCCGAAAGAGUCGGAUAUGGUCUUAGCCACUUCCACCAUCAAGCUUAAGCUUCCAGAAGGCUCCAAUGGUGUUCUAGUAAAGAACCUUUAUUUGUCAUGCGAUCCUUACAUGGGACCCCGAAUGAAGAACCUCAACAAUGGCUUUUUCAUAGAGCCCUUCAAACUUGGUUCUCCUAUCACUGGGAAUGGAAUUUGUAAGGUACUAAAAUCUGGAAAUCCAAACUUCAAGGAAGGAGAUUUGGUCUCUGGAGUGACAGGGUGGGAGCAAUACAGUGUUAUUGAGUCCACGAAAUAUAUGUCUAAAAUUCAAAACACUGACGUGCCUCUGUCUUACUAUACUGGAUUACUAGGAAUGCCUGGUAUGACUGCUUAUGCUGGCUUCUUCGAGGUUUGCUCUCCGAAAAAGGGGGAAUAUGUGUUCAUUUCUGCAGCAUCAGGAGCAGUUGGUCAGCUUGUUGGGCAGUUCGCAAAGCUCUUGGGUUGUUAUGUUGUUGGAAGUGCUGGAAGGAACGAAAAGGUUGAUUUGUUGAAGAACAAGUUUGGCUUUGAUGAGGCUUUCAACUAUAAAGAAGAGCCUGACUUUGAUGUAGCUUUAAAAAGGUAUUUUCCAGAAGGUAUAGAUAUAUACUUUGAUAAUGUUGGGGGAAAGCUGCUAGAUGCUGUUCUACAAAACAUGAGAAGCCAUGCUCGAAUUUCUGUUUGUGGAAUGAUCUCACAGUACAACCUUGAACAAACUGAAGGUGUACAUAAUCUGACGAAUCUUGUGUGGAAAAGUGCUCGAAUGGUUGGAUUUUUGGUUGCUGACUAUUACCACCUAUACCCAAAAUUUCUCGAAUAUGUUAUGCCUUACUUAAAAGAAGGAAAAAUUGUGUAUGUUGAAGAUAUAGCUGAAGGGCUAGAGAGUGCCCCAAAAGCUUUGGUAGGGCUCUUCAAAGGAUGCAACGUGGGAAAACAGGUGGUUCUAGUCUCUCCGGAAUGACCUCUGCUUUGACAAUAAUUCUAAUGGUCCUCUGUACUUUAAAAUAACACAGAAUGGUCUAAAAUCACUGUCUUUAUAAAUCCUUCUGAAUUGUUCUACUUUUCUUUCUUAAAAAUAUAUAACUUGUUUGGUUUUGAUUA